CGUUCAAGCACUGCAUUCCAUUCACUCGCAAUAAAACCUGUCUCUAGUUUAAAUACUAUUGCAUACAUAAUUUUUAUUAUUUAUUUACAUAUUUCAAGUAAAUCUUUAAACAUGAAACUCGGGGCCUUCGUCCUUCAAGCCAUUCCUCUCAUAAUGAGUUAUUACGUCAAGAAAUACAUGGAUGACGACAAGGCCGUUGCACUCGUGGAUUUAGAGAGUGAUUUCGGAAUACCACGAAUCGCCAGUUUCGACUUUAUCGUUGUCGGCGGCGGUUCGGCGGGAUGCGUCGUGGCGGGAAGAUUAUCUGAAAAAUUUAACGUUCUCUUAUUGGAGGCGGGUGGGACGCCAGUUCCUCAAAGUUUGGUUCCCUUGUUUACCCGCCAACUUUGGGGCGUUCCCGACAUCCAUUUCAACCAUAAAACUGUCCCGCAGAGAAAUCUUUCUUUAGGAAAUGGUGGGAUUGUGUCUGUCUCGACUGGAAAAAUGCUGGGUGGGAGUGGCUCUCACAACGAUAUGGUUCACCAACGCGCCAGUCCCCUCAGCUGGGAUGCGAUCGCCGCUAGAAUAGGCGACGUUUCAUGGUCAUAUCAAAAUUUGUUGGGUUUAUUCAAAAAGUCGGAGGAUUUUAUUGGCCAACUUAUCAAUCCAGACGAGUCAGAUUACUAUGGGACCGGUGGUCCACUCACCAUUGAUACCCAAUUUUCCGAAAUAUUUCCAAAGUGGGCGGAAGCCGGUGUCCAACUCGGGUAUCCGACCGCGGACCCGAACGCCUUUCAAAUACCGAGUUUUGCCCCUAUUCAUAAAUCAAUGGUGAAUGGGAAACGUGUCAGCUCGUAUACUGGUUAUAUUUCUCCCUAUGAAGGAACCAGGACUAAUCUUACCGUGAUCCGAUAUGCUACAGUGAACAAGGUACUCUUAACCGAAGGUACAAAUCAAGCCUACGGAGUGACAUACACGCGUCACGGGAUACCCCAAAUUGCUCACGCUUCCAAAGAAGUAAUCCUAAGUGCAGGAACUAUCAAUUCACCCUUAAUCUUGAUGCUGUCCGGUAUCGGACCAAAAGAAACUUUGGACGCGGCAAAGAUUCCAGUCAAAGUCGAAUUGCCCCUGGUCGGGCAAAACCUAAUCGAACACAUCUACACGAUUAUCCCUGACUUUACCUACAACGCAUCUGCCGCACCGUACAUCCCACGAAUCCCCGAGGACCAGCUGGAAUCCGCUUUCACAACAUAUUUAGAAACCGGUGUGGGCGAAUUUAGCCAAGUCGUUGGCCCACAAGCGUUCAUAUCGUCGUCUCGCGCAAUCGCGGAGGGGGAAGGAAAUUGGCCCGAUAUCAGGAUAAAUUUUAUCCCAGGUUGCCCCAUCUCGCUAGAUGAUGAGGUAGAAACUAAAGGUUGCGCCAUUGUGGAACUAGAAAGACCAAAAUCGGUCGGAACUGUAUCUCUCAACGUGACCGCGUACUUGGCAGGAGUCACAGAUUUUGAUGGGUUAUCGGAAAUUGAUAUUAAUGCGUUUAGCGAUCCUAGCGAUAUGGACGUUUUUCUUGAUGGAAUGGACAUGGUGUUCAGAGUAGUUGAAGAGACUGAAGCAUUCCAAUCGUUAGGAACGACAUUUGCAGGGUCACCGUUGUCCCGAUGUAGUCACGUGCCAUUCAGAUCGCGGGAGUAUUGGGCGUGCUACGUGCAGCAGGGUGGGUCUGGAGAGAUCAGGCAGGGGCAGUCUUCCACGACGCAUAUUGUGGGGACGUGUUCCAUGGGGAGUGUGACCGACUCAAAGAUGAGGGUUUUAGGAGUCCCCCGUCUCCGCGUCGUGGAUGCCUCAAUUCUCCCAAUCAUACCGAAUGCAAACGUAAACGGUCCCGUGGUUCUGGUCGGGGAAAAGGCGGCAGAAGAUAUAGCAUUGGAUUGGAGUAACUCUUAAUUACACUUUGAAUUUAUGUAUAUUGAACUCGAUGGAAAUGGGAAUAUGUAAAAAAUUCAAGGUCAAAAUAUAGAUUUCGAAGCUGCUACGUCGGAAAA